AGAGAAAUCUAUGGUCAAUAUAUGAAGGACGUGAACAUAUAAAAGAAGGGGGUAGGCUUUUUUAGUUUUUAGGACAUAACAAACGCGUUUGAAUCUUCACCAAACAUUUGAAAAACACCCUUCUCUCCCAAACUCCUCCUUUCUUUCUUCUUCUUCAUCUUCUGCUAAAACAACAAAAACCCUUUUAUUUUAUUUGUUUAUUUAUUUUUUGCUAUCUCUCUUUUCCUCUUUUUUUUUUUUCAUGGAAAAGGCUAAAGAACACAGCAGAGAAAACCCAAAUCCAGUAAAAUCAGAGAAAUCUUUGGGAAGCAAUAAUAUUAAUAAUAAUAAUAAGAAUAAGUCUCAUGUAUGGGACUGUGGAAGCUCUCUCUAUGACUCUUUCGAGCUUAACUCCUUCAAACGCCAGCUUGAUUCGGCCAUAGCUUGUAGAACCAUGUCUAUGCCUCAUCUCUCCGAUCGGAGCCGAGGCCGACCUCCUCUUCUUCCACCUAGACGACCUCCUCCUCCUCCUCCUCCUCCUCCUCCGCCGGCAGCACCGACCACCACCGUGGCCGCGGUUAACAAAAAGUCAUCCAAGCUCUCUCGGUCGCUCAACAAACUUCUCCGGUCAGUUUUCAAGUCAAAGAAUCCGGUUUUCCGAGUUAAAGAACAAUCCGAAGAUGGAUUUUUUGUUGUCUAUGAUAAGUCCGGUGCUCUUACUACUAUUCCUGAAGUUCCCGAGAUCGAUUUCGGUGGGCUUUCGCCGGAGAUAGGGUCGUUGGUGAGGAGGACAGGGUCGGAGAGAUUCACUGCUGCUUCUAUUGGUAUUUCAUGUGCUUGAUAUAGGUUCUAUAUAUUAAUUAAUUAAUCAAUCCUCCUUUUCAGACUAUGAAUUUUGGUUUUUAAUUAUUACAUCAUAUAAUUAAUUUUAUGUUUCAUAUAUGUAUAGUAUGUAAGAUUUUUGUUUAUUUAUAACUUUUUCUUUUAAGUUUUUAGGAUGUUAAUUAUUAAUAAAGCCAUGUUUUUGGUGAAUUAUUAAUAAAGCCAUGUUGCUUAGAGACAAA